GGUGCACGGAGAUGCGUGCAGAGGCAGCGGGCAGGGCAACAGCUGGGUAUCAGGGAUCUCAGCGAGGCUGCUGCUGCUGCUCCUGCAGUUGCUUGGCGCUUUGAAGGGACCCGCUUUGGAGCAUCUUCCCCGCGGAGGACCGGCCGUUGCGCAGGCGCUGGGGUUGCCUGCCUGCCUAACCUGCUGCUGCUGCCACUUCGGGGCUUCGUUCAGACGCCCAGCGCCUCAUCCCUCGGCCGCUGCGAUGCUCCCUUUUCCGUGGGGAAGGCGUCCCCAGCUGCUGCUGCUGCUAGCCUACUGUGGGCUGUGGGCUCAGAGUUGCCUCUCGCUGCGAGUCCUGAGUGGGCAAAAGAUAUGUUAUGGUGAUUCAACACACCCCUGCUACAAGAUAGCCUAUUUCCAAGACUUGUCCAGACGUCUGGGAUUCCAGGAGGCUCGCCUGGCUUGUGAAAUAGAUGGUGGAGUACUCCUCAGCCUUGAAAGUGAAACAGAGCAAAAGUUAAUAGAAAACAUGCUGCAGAACCUCACAAAAUCAGGCCUCGGCAUUUCUGACGGGGACUUUUGGAUUGGGCUAUGGAGAAGUGGUGAGGGACAAACCACAUCAAGUGCCUGCCCUGAUCUUUACAAGUGGACAGAUGGAAGCAAUUCACUCUUCAGAAAUUGGUAUACAGAUGAGCCUUCCUGUGGGAGCGAAGCUUGUGUUGUGAUGUAUCAUCAGCCAACUGCAAAUCCUGGCUUGGGAGGGCCUUACCUUUACCAAUGGAAUGAUGACAGAUGCAACAUGAAGCACAAUUUUAUCUGCAAAUAUGGUCCAGAUGACAUCCUAGAAAAAGAAUUAGGAGACAGAGCAGAUCCAGAUUACGAAGCCCAGCCAACGGUGCCAGCAGGGAAGCCUCACGAUUCAAGCAAGACAGAAGAUCAUUUUCCGGUGGUUGUUACUGAAACUGGUUUAAUUCCCAAUUUAAUUUAUGUUGUUAUACCUACUAUACCACUGCUGUUGUUGAUAUUAGUGGCUUUCGGGACUUGCUGUUUCCAGAUGCUGCAUAAAAGGGAAGCAAGGAGAAACUGCUUCAAUGACUCAUCUCCAUUAUCAUCUGAAUGCCUUGCAGAAAGUUUAGAUUCUAACUUGUAAAGGAAGAACAAAAACCAGUCCGGACCAGUCUACGCUAUGGAUUUCUAAGAAUGCACGGAAAGACAGCAGCAUGGAGGUAUAGAGAUAUGACUGAAAAGAAAGCAGGAAUAACACUUUUCCAUUCAGGAUCUAU